AUGUUGACCCGAAAUAGCAAUAAAACACAAAGUGAACGAAUUUCCAGAAAUGUCCGUUCUGGAAUUCUCAAAAACAACCACAAACAGCGUUUUAGGUGCGAAAGCAGCAAAAUCGAGCCCUACUACUGCAAGGAAUGCAAUUUUCGAACUCAACUCACCAUAGUGUUCAAACAACAUACGCGAGUGAAUGGAGACCCCCUUGUCCGAACUUACGUCUGUGAUAAGUGCCCCUUUGAGACUCAUUUCGUUAUUAAGUGGCUUCAGCACACAACCGAGUGUACGACAAAUAACAAAACUCCGGACUUGGAUAGGGUUAUAAAUGAUCAUAGUUACUCUAGGCACGAAUACAAACAUGUUAAGUUGCCCCCAAAUCACUCCCAAAUGUGUUGGCACCCCUGUGCUCUCUGCCCCUUCAAAACCGGUUAUAAGUCACACUUGAAAGUCCACAUGAACGUGCACCAUCUGGCAGGCGACGACAUCAAAUGGUACAGAUGUGACCAGUGCCCGUACAAAGCUAAACAGAAUUCUAAUUUAACAAAACACAUAAUGGUGCACCAUUUAGACAAACACGAUGUUAAAUGGUACAACUGUGAGAAGUGUUCCUACAAAAGUAAGUUCAAUUUUGGGCUCAAAAAGCACAUAAUCACGCACCACAAGCGUGUAGAGGAUAUCGUGUGGUUCAGAUGUGACCAGUGUCCAUACAAAGCCAAAUUCAAGACGUGUUUAAAUAGACACACGAACUCGCGACAUGGGGACGAAAAGGACAUUAAAUGGUACAAGUGCUCGAAGUGUCCGUUCAAAGCCAAAGUGAAAUUUAGUGUGAAACGACACAUGAAAGCCCAACAUGGGUUUGAAAUUUGUUAA